UAAAAUCCGCAUGCCAAGCUGCACCUAACAAAAUUGGUCUCCGUCUCGCGAACGCACGCACUAAUUUCUCUGCCCGAACUCCCCCACCCUUCUCAUAAAUCCGCCGAUCGCAAGCAUCCCUCCCAGUCUCGAGUCUCGUGUCUCGUGUCUGAACAAUCCGCGAUACUGGCGUGUAUAUACCUGAAAAUCGGCGCUCGAUUGUUCUCUUUCCGCGAUCGAAUUACGUGAUGACGUUUUUCAUCACCGAUGGCAAUCCGUCAGCCAAAAAUUUGGAGAGGAAGCAAGAGAUGAGUAAAACAGAGUUGCGGCCGUUGCCCAAGAAAUGGCAUACAAGCCGAGAGCAGAAUACUUACUCCUCCAAGCUCAUUGAGACCCUUGUCCGUGUCCGCAGAUCUACACCGGUGGUCGAAGCGCCCCGCCGAACCCGGGCCAUCCGUGAGGCGGCCGAUCGGAUCCUAGCAAUAGCGGGGCGGGGCCAGAGUCGAUGGAGUCGUGCCAUCCU